CAGUGAACAACAACAACAGUGCAUGCAUGAUGACAACCUCUGCUGCCGUGCUGAGCGCGUUGCGGGCGAGACUGGCAACCGCAGGCCUGGAUCUGUUCAAACCCUUCAACACCAGGUGGUAUGAUGCUGCAGUGGCUGAGCACAUCCGACUGCCAGUCGCGUGCGGAGCGCACGAUGGCAGUGGCUUUGACUGGACGGACUCACAAGGACAGGAGCUGAAGGACAAGGAGGGCAGCAAGGAGGAAGGACAGCUGGCAGUGCUCAUUGGUAACACACGGGCGAUAUGGAGCCCGUUUAUCUCCGCCCUGGCUCAGUCACCACACCCGAUACCAGCGAACCCCAUCAACACCUACGUCACACGUGCUGUGCGAGAAGCUGUGGCGUCCUGUGUUCCUUCCAGCCUCCACCCAGUGCUCCGCUUCUCCUAUGACUUGACACCAGGGCGCGUGCUGUCAUUCCAAAGGCUCGCGCAUGAGAGCGGCCUUGCCUACUUGCACCCGGCGUGUCACUUGUGUGUGCACCCGGAGUAUGGCCCAUGGAUCAGCUUACGUGUUGUUGUUGUCUUGGAUGCACCGCCGCUUCAAGGGCAACACGACAAAGAGGCGCCCAUGAACCCGUGCUCCAGCGCUGAGGAGACAGCCAUGACCGAGGCCAAGGCAGUUGCGCUCGCAGCAUCAGAACGACACGACGCCGAAGCGUGGAAGCUGUGGCUGGCAAUGCGCGAUGCGUGUACAGUCGGCGCGCAGCACCGUUACACCGAACCCCAGGUUGCGUAUCACUACACGCAUGAUCUUGGCAUUAUUGAGAGCGAGAUGCAGCGCCUGAGGGAUGAUGGCCAGACAGAGCAAGUGGCAGGAACAUCCCAAUUGCUCUGAGCUGACGAGUGAUGAGAGCAUGAACUUGCAAGCCACCUACAUAGCAGUUAGCUCCCCCAUAUGUGUGUGUGUGUGUGUGUACACAAAUUAUGCGCGUCGAACGUGACAGAAGCCAUAUGGUUUCCGCAC